AACGAAAUCGGCCGCCUACUGCGGUAUCCUGUAACCUUUUUUAUUUCCCUUGGACUGGUUAACAAAUAAAUAAAAAAAUCUCCCGAUGAUUUGCUCAUGAUAAUAAUGAAUCUAGUGAGGUUUAAAAACGGUGUCGUGCUUAAGCGUAUUGUGCGUGUAACCGAGUGAAAAUAAACGUUCAAACUGGCGAACACGGACAGCGACAGCAAGUCAAACAUGGCUUCUACUGCCAGAAUUAUCCAAAGCAAUUCCGCAUGGUUUCAGAAGAAGAUCAAUCUGAGGCCGCAACACAGGGGCGUCCAUUUGGUCACCGAAGAGAUCCUCAGGCAGAUACCCGAACUGUCACAAUUUGCCAUGGGACUGUGUCACGUCCAAAUUCUUCACACUAGUGCCAGUCUGGCUUUGAACGAAAGUUGGGAUCCAGAUGUAAGAGACGACAUGGAAAUGAUGCUAAAUAAAAUUGUACCCGAAGGUUUACCUUACAGACACUCGUGUGAAGGCCCAGACGAUAUGCCGGCGCACGUCAAGGCCUGCUUCCUGGGCUCGUCGCUGAGCAUCCCCGUGACCGAAGGCAAGCUGAACCUGGGCAAGUGGCAGGGCGUGUGGCUGUGCGAGCAUCGCGAUCUCGCAGGCUCGCGCAAGCUGCUCAUCACGCUCAACGGGUGCCUGCGCGACCCCGCUUGCACGCCCCUGUCGCCGGUGUCGCCGAUGGCGAGCACGAGCAGUUAGGGGAAGCACUCGGGCCACUCGUUGUCGAAGCACUGACACCGACGAUGACUCGCGGGCCCGAGUAUAAACCGAAACAACAGCUGCUAUUUAUAUUAUUAUAAUACGUUCGUAAACACAAGGUAAUGCUACGAAAAUGUUUCCCUUUCUUCAAGAUCUUCUACAAGACAAAACUACGAAUUUCACAGCUAAACUAUACAAAAACAUCCCCUUUCUCUUUCUCUCUAUCUCUUUUUCUCCCCACAAACAGCAUCUCUACAACUUCAGGAACUUCGAAUGGUAAAACCCAAAAUAUACCACCUUACUUCGUUCAUUUUAAUAAUAAUAUAACUAAUAAUAAAUUUAUGAUAUACGGCCGAGAAUAAUUCAUGCGCCCCAAAGAAACAAGGUUUACGUGGUUGGCUUUAUAGAGUUGGCAAUACUGUUAUGCUUAAAAACUCAAUAUGAAACCAUCUAUUGAGCGGAGUUUGCAGCUCUAAGUACAAACGUCAAAAGUCAACUUAUAUGCAAAAAAAAGUUGUAAAACGUCAAUCUCUUAUUCAAGAACUACCAACCAAUUUCUCGUGUAUUUUUUGUUUAAUAUUUAAUUUGUCGCCAAAACCACAUAUUUUGACGGUUGAUAUAAGAUUUGACGUUUUAGUAAUCGUUAACAAUUGAUUUCUCCACCGGGCAUCUUUUGACAGCUGUAACCUUUAAGUUUAAAUUGUUUUUCAAGAAAAUUUAACCAUAUUUAUUAUACAUUUCCAAAUUCCAAUUCCAAAAAUUGAGAAAAGUGACAAAUGGGGUAGUUAAAUUUUUUCUGACCUAUACUUUUUAUGGUUUUAUUCAAGGCGUUUUGUAAUAUUUA